AUGGGUCUCACGCAAGAGCAAAUUGCCAUCAUCAAGGCCACUGUGCCUGUCUUGCAGAUUCAUGGCAAGACCAUCACGACCGUGUUCUACAAGAAUAUGCUCGCUGCACACCCCGAGCUCAACACCGUCUUCAACACUGCCAACCAGGUCAAUGGCCACCAGCCCGUCGCUCUCGCUGGCGCCCUCUUCGCCUAUGCCUCCAACAUCGACAACCUGGGUGCUUUGAGCCCCGCGGUCGAAUUGAUCUGCCACAAGCACGCCUCCCUCUAUAUCCGGCCCGAGCACUACAAGAUCGUCGGCAAGUACCUCCUCGAGGCCAUGGGCGAAGUCCUUGGAGACGCCCUGACGCCCCAGAUCCACGACGCCUGGGGUGCCGCCUACUGGCAGUUGGCCGACAUCAUGAUCAAUCGCGAGGCCGACCUCUACAAGGAGGCAGACGGCUGGACCGAUUUCCGCGAGUUCCGCAUUGCCAAGAAGGUGCCCGAGUCGUCUGAGAUCACUUCGUUCUACCUGGAGCCUGUGGAUGGCAAGCCUCUGCCGUCCUUCCGCCCCGGACAGUACAUCUCCGUGGAGGUCUUCGUUUCGGAGCUCAACUACCCCCAGAGCCGCCAGUAUUCGCUCAGCGACAAGCCCGUGCCGGAAUACUACCGCAUCAGCGUCAAGAAGGAGGCCGGCCUCGAGCCCACCGAGCCCUCGGCCAAGCGCCACCCUGGCUACGUCUCCAACGUCCUGCACGAUCUCAAGAAGGAGGGCGACAUCGUCCGCGUCUCUCACCCCUUCGGUGAUUUCUUCCUCUCCGACGAGGAGAAGCAGAGCAGCAGCCCGAUUGUCCUCCUGGCCGCCGGUGUCGGUCUGACCCCGCUCACCUCCAUCCUUAACACCAUCCUCGACGGCCCCGAGGCCCAGACUCAGCGCAAGAUCACCUACGCGCACGGCGCUCGCACCUCUGCGGCCCGCGCCUUCCGCCCGCAGAUCAAGGAGCUGGCUGCCAAGGUGCCCAACCUGCACGCUAUCUUCUUCACCAGCCUUCCCGGCGCCGAGGAGAAGCAGGGCGAGGACUACGAUGUCGCGGGACGGCUGGACGUGAACCAGCUGGACAAGCAGAAGGACCUCUACCUGGACGAUGCGACCACCAAGUACUACAUCUGCGGUCCGACUGCGUUCAUGCUGGACGUGAAGCAGAAGCUGACCGCCGCGGGCGUCGCUGAUGAUCGCAUCAAGAUGGAGCUGUUCGGUACCGGUGGUAUUCCCGCCUAA